UGUAGGGACUAUACUUCACAACAACUGCUGUUUGGAGUAGAUUAUCCCUGUCAAAUGACUGUCCCCCUAGAACCGGGACGGGGUAACUCGGCAGUUUAACAGAUUUGCUUUCACUUCAAGUUAUUUGUUAACAUUUACUCGUAAAUGUAGUCCAACACUAGACGUCGCGAGUUAAAGUGAUCUCGACAGUUGCCUGACUGUGGGCUAGCUUGCGAGCUCCUUAAAUUAAAAACAGCCCGCGUGUGCGCGUUAUAAAGAGCUCGAGACGAGCCGAGCAACGGAAAAAAACAAAGUAAACAUGGAGUUAGAGGACGUCGUCCUUUACCAGGAGGACCCGGGAAACUCGGCGAUGAUGUCCGAGCGUGUGUCCGGCUUGGCGAGUUCCAUCUACCGCGAGUUUGAGCGGAUGAUACUCAAAUACGACGAGGACGUGGUCAAGGAACUUAUGCCGCUUGUCGUGGCGGUGCUGGAGAACUUGGACUCGGUGUUCGCGGAGAACCAGGAGCACGAGGUGGAGUUGGAGCUGCUGAAGGAGGACAACGAGCAGAUAAUCACGCAGUAUGAACGCGAGAAAGCGCUGAGGAAGAGCGCAGAAGAGAGAUAUAUGGAGUAUGAGGACUCUCAAGAGCAGGAUAAAAAAGAUCUGCAGAACCGUGUGCUGCUACUGGAGGCCCAGACCAGACAGAUGGAGCUGAAGUCCAAGAACUAUGCAGACCAGAUUGGAAGAUUAGAAGAGCGUGAAGCUGAGCUGAAGAAAGAGUACAAUGCCCUGCAUCAAAGACACACUGAGAUGAUCCACAGUUACAUGGAGCACUUGGAACGUACCAAAUACCAGCAGCUGACCGGGGAAACCGCUGACUCCGGGACACUGGGCAGAAUGAAGAAGGAGCGCCCUGUCUCUCUGGGGAUUUUUUCAUUGGGAAGUGAUGUGAUGACCCCCGAAUUGCAAAGAGAAGCUGUGGAGACUCCAGGAACUGACACAUGGAAAUAUAACAACCUCAGCCACCCACGCUCCAAUACUAGCCUCAAGCUGGAUGCAGAUGAAUCCCUCAGGAGAGGGGAGGGUAAGAGUUCACAAGACAAUUUGGAAAUCCAGUGGACUGUCACCAGAAAGGAUGAACUCUCUGAUGUCAAUAGGGGAGAGUCCAAAUCAGCCACGCCCAUGUCUGCAGCAACUUCAGAUGUUGCCAUGGCGUCAGUGGACACGCCCAGGACAGAGGAGGUAGAGGGCCUGAACAGGAACCUGAUUUCUAGUAGUGCUAAGUCAGACAGAAGUAAGAACAUCAGAGUACAGGAUGCUGUGGUAGCAGAGAUGCCUUCUGCAGAUCAAAGUGAGAAUGCAGAGAGGUCAGAGGUUCAGGCAAUCAUUGAGUCCACCCCAGAACUAGACAUGGACUUAAGUGGAUGCAAAGGAUCCAGCACUCCCAUGAAAGGGAUAGAGAACAUGGCCUUUGACCGUAACACUGAAUCUCUGUUUGAGGAGCUCUCCUCAGCAGGAACUGAUCUCAUAGGGGACGUGGAUGAAGGUGCUGAUCUGCUGGGUAUGGGUCGUGAAGUUGAACAUCUGAUCCAUGAGAACACUCAACUACUGGAAACAAAGAACGCCCUGAACGUGGUAAAGAAUGAUCUGAUCGCUCAUGUUGAUGAGCUGGUCUGUGAGAAAGAUGUUCUUCAGGGAGAGCUGGAGGUUCUGAAACAGGCCAAAGGAAAAUUAGAAGAGAGGAACAAAGAGCUGGAGGAGGAAAUCAAAAGAGUUCGGGCAGAGGUGGAGGAAGUCAAAUCGAAGGUGAAAGAGGAAGAUGAUAGUGAUGUGCCCACAGCUCAGCGGAAGCGCUUCACACGAGUGGAGAUGGCACGUGUCCUCAUGGAGAGGAACCAGUAUAAAGAGAGACUGAUGGAGCUGCAGGAGGCCGUCAGGUGGACUGAGAUGAUACGAGCUUCACGAGAGAAUCCAGCCUUGACUGAGAAGAAAAAGUCCAGUAUCUGGCAGUUUUUUAGCAGGCUCUUCAGUUCAUCCUCCAGCACAGCUGCAAAGAAACCGGAUGCACCGGUUAACUUGAAGUACAACGCCCCCAACUUGCACGUCGUCCCUUCUGUAAAGCAGAGGAGCAGCACCCUCGCUCAGCUGCCCAGUGACAAAUCCAAAGCCUUUGACUUCCUCAAUGAGGAGGCCGAGGUAGAGACUGUAGUGUCACGUCGUGAGCAGAAGAAAGCUCAGUACAGGCAGGUUAAGGCCCAUGUGCAGAAAGAGGAUGGCAGGUUGCAAGCCUGUGGGUGGAGUUUACCACCAAAAUACAAGGUUGCCAAUGGUGGACAAGCAGAUGGUAAGGUAAAAAAUCUGCCAGUACCCAUCUACCUCCGACCUUUAGUUGAGAAAGAUGCUUCUAUGAAGCUGUGGUGUGCUGCUGGAGUUAAUCUGUCAGGUGGAAAGACACGUGAUGGGGGCUCCAUUGUGGGAGCGAGUGUGUUCUAUAAAGAUGUGACUGGAGGAGAGAGUGGCCCCCUCAGCCCCAGGCAAAGAAGAGGCUCUCAAAGCAGUCUGGACAGACUAGAGCAAGAACUAAAUGAUCAGGAGAAGGAACUGAGGCACCAGGACGAACUCUCAAGCCUGGUGUGGAUCUGCACCACCACACACGCCACCUCUAAAGUCAUUGUCAUUGACGCAAACCAGCCUGGAAACAUCCUGGAAAACAUUUUUGUGUGCAACUCUCACGUGCUUUGCAUCGCCAGUGUGCCAGGUGCCUCUGAGACAGAUUACCCUGCUGGAGAGGAAGUUGUUUCAGAAAGUGAGGCCAGUCAGGGUGAAGGGGCUUCUAAAGUCAACAGUACAGCUAACAGCUGCUCCACUUGCUCUGAUGGAGGUCUGGAUGGUAUUACUGUUGUGGGCUGCUCUACAGAAGGGCCUGUGGCUAUCCCUCAAACUGUCUGCACUAACGCCAUAGAAUCCACAGACUCAGAUGAGGUUUUGGGAGGGCACAGACAGGCUGCAGUAACAGCCGCAGAAGAAGCUCUGGAGGCCACAGAGAGCAGCAGCAAUACACCUGCAGAUGAGAGCCAGCCUGGGAUCUACACAGAACACAUCUUCACUGACCCGCUAGGAGUACAAAAGACCCCACCAACCUACACACAGAGGGAGUGUGAUCUGGUGAAGGAUGGAGUGAGCUCAGUGCCUGAGGAGCAGGACCUCAUGAGAGAGGAGGCUAGCAAGAUGAGCAGCAUCCUGCCCACCAUGUGGUUGGGGGCCCAGAAUGGCUGCGUGUAUGUGCACUCUUCUGUGGCACAGUGGAGGAAGUGCCUUCACUCUAUCAAGUUAAAGGAUUCCAUCCUGGGGAUUGUUCAUGUGAAAGGACGUGUUCUGGUAGCCUUGGCAGAUGGUACACUUGCAAUCUUCCACAGAGGUGUUGAUGGCCAAUGGGAUUUAACCAAUUACCACCUGUUAGAUCUGGGCCGACCACAUCACUCAAUCCGCUGUAUGACUGUAGUGCAUGACAAGGUCUGGUGUGGCUACAGGAACAAGAUCUUUGUGGUUCUGCCCAAAGCCAUGAAGAUAGAGAAGUCCUUUGAUGCCCACCCUCGUAAGGAAAGCCAGGUGAGACAGCUGGCAUGGGAUGGAGAUGGCAUCUGGGUGUCUAUCCGUCUGGACUCCACCCUCAGACUGUUUCACGCGCACACAUACCAGCAUCUGCAGGAUGUAGACAUUGAGCCCUACGUCAGCAAGAUGCUGGGCACUGGUAAGCUGGGCUUCUCCUUCGUGAGGAUCACCGCUCUGAUGGUGUCAUGUAACCGCCUAUGGGUCGGAACAGGAAAUGGAGUCAUAAUUUCCAUCCCUCUAUCAGAGCCAUGCAAAGUUACAGAAGGAUCAUCAAAUCGUCCAGGCAGUGCGAUCCGCGUCUACGGUGAUGAGAACAGUGAUAAAGUCACGGCGGGCACCUUUGUACCUUUCUGCACCAUGGCACAUGCUCAGCUCUGUUUCCACGGACACAGGGAUGCAGUCAAGUUCUUCACUGCCGUCCCAGGGCAGGUGGUUCCAUCUGCAGGCUCAGGGGGUGAGGCUGGCACUGACAAGUCUUCAGAGUCACCCAUGCCAGAAUUGGUCAAGUCUGUCCUAGUCAUGAGUGGAGGGGAGGGUUACAUUGACUUCAGGAUGGGGGAUGAGGGAGGGGACACAGAAGAUUUGGCUGAACCCACAUUGAAGCUGCAGCCCUUCCUGGCCAAAGCUGAACGUAGUCACCUAAUCGUGUGGCAGGUCAUGGCUAAUGAGGAGUGACUUUUUAUUUCACUUCAUUUUGGCUUUUGCUACAUUCAAAAGAAGCUCACCCCACUUCAGACUCUUGACAUUUAUAUUUCCAUAAUUUUUUCCUGACCUUUUUCAUUCAGCUUUAUUUAAGAUAUUUGAUGCCUUGGCUUAUAGUAUUUCUGUUAAAACAAUCACUGUUACCAUUAGAAAUAUGUUCAGCUAAUAAUUCUCUUUGUUUGUCUAUACUUUAUGAAUGAAGGGUUACUGAAGUUCUUUGCUCAUCGUUUUUGGCAAUACAAACUGCUCUGACUCUUUUACUCUAGUUCAAACAGAUUUGUUUGUCUGUUGGAAUGGAAAUAACAGAUACAGAUUUCAGUAUUCCCAUUCUUGCAAUAUUUCUUAGGAUGGCAGGUGAAAGCAAAACGGUUAACUGUGGCCACAGUGUACAAUGCACUACAUCAUGUCUUGAUGAGCUUUUGUGUGCUGUGUCAAUUAAACUGUUUGUGGGGAAGGAAAGUAUAAGCAAGUGAAAGACAAUUUGCACAAAGCGCUUUCUUAGUCCUUAUAUCAGUCACACUGACUUCAUUUAGAUGUGUAGGAUUUUUGAAAAUACUAUGAGUGUAGAUGCAAUACUCUCAAUGUGUGGACUUUUAUAUCAAUUGAAUGUUUCACAUUUACCAAAGGAUACAGGAAAAAAAAAAAAAAGGUUUGAUAACCCCAUUUAUGGACUUUAGACAAAAAUGUAAAACCUAAAGGAUCUAAAAAAUAUUUUUAUCAAAGUCAGAGGCAUAUCACACUCCCUUUAUUAUGCAGUUCUUCCGUGAUCAUGUACCAGUCAGAAACAUCACUUUUUUAACACUAGAACAGUUUUCCAAGAAACGGUACUCCUUUGACUUGGUGUGUGGAUAAACAUGCAGAGGUAAAAGCAUAUUUUUAUUACGCUUUUGUACAUUUGUCUUUUUAGACUUUAAUCUCUAAUCACAGGCCUUCGUGCUCCACCAACAGUCCGCCAGUGUGCUGAUGCUCACCGCUGUUCUGCUUGCAUUCGAGCUGAGGCGCACUGGAGGUGCAGUGAUUCGUUUGCAGAUGUUCUCUCCUCUCCACGAGAGCAGAGACGGCUUCAUAUUGCAAACAAGCCAUUGCAGUAUUUAUUUUUAUGAAUGAGCCUUUGCAAUUCAGAAUGUAACUUUGUACAUUGAAUAUAAAUAUAUAAAAAUACAAACAUGUAAAUGAAAUGUUGACUGUUUAAUUUCUUAAUGGCAAUUGUUAAUGUAAAUCACUUCUUGGUGGUUGAUUUUGAAUGAAUCAAUCUGAAUAACUGACUUCUGAAAUGUUCUUUUACUGAGCUGCGUGUGUGCGCGUGUGUGUGUUUAGAUGAAUGUGUUUUGUACAGCAUUUUGUAGGUGGGUGCAACAGGAUUACUAGACUGUCCCAUAAUCCUAAAGUUGUCUGAUUGCUCACGAUGGCUUGUGUCCCUUCAUUGUGUUUAUCAUUUCCUCCUCUAUAUUUUAGCCUUGUACUUUUUUUUUAAAGUCCAUUAAACA